CGUUAGAGUAGUCACUUCCGGUUCUGUACUUCGCCUUGCCAUAAUGCAGGUUACCCCAAUAAAGAUGUUCCCCAACUAAUUUCCAGAUAUUUUUUGGCUAAUGUACUUUUAUAAAGAAAGGCGUCUGUCUGAACGGGAAAGCUCUGGUGUUCUCUUCCCUUUUUGGAUAAAAGAGGACGCACAAAGCUGAGUUCAAUCUUGUCCUUCCCUCUGGAUCUCUGGACCGGCGAUGGAGGAAGGAAAAAUCGCCAAUCUCUUUCCACGGCUAAUACGGGAAGGGAGGUUUACCCUUCUCCAAGAAGAGAUUGAGAAAAUUCCCGACCUGGACAGAGAUGUGAGACAGAAGCACUGGGAGAAGUCCGGAGACACGCUUCUCCACUUUGCGGCCAGGCACGGCCAGCUGGAUAUCUUGCGUUACCUCACCGAGAUCGUGGGAAUGAACGUUGAGCUGGUGAACCGAGACUACAAGCGUCCCCUCCACGAAGCUGCCUCCAUGGGCCACCGGGAUUGCCUCUUAUACCUUCUGGAACAGGGAGCCGCAAUAGAUUGCUUAAAAAAAGCAGAUUGGACUCCUCUUAUGAUGGCUUGUACGAGGAGGAACCUGGAGAUCAUCCGAGAUCUUGUCCAGCACGGAGCCAACCCACGGCUGAAGAACAAGGACGGCUGGAAUUGCUUCCACAUCGCAAGCCGGGAAGGAGAUCCAGGGGUCGUCCAAUACUUACUAGAUGCUUCUCCGGAUAUUUGGGACACGGAAAGCCGGAUCCGAAGGACCCCUCUCCACACAGCAGCGAUGCACGGAUGCCUGGAGGUCGUGAAAAUUCUCCUUGAAAGGUGCCACUACAUGCCGGACAGCCGGGACCACUGUGGGGUGACCCCGUUCAUGGACGCUAUACAAAAUGGCCACUUGGACAUUGCCAGAGUGCUUCUAGAGGAACAUCAGGCUGAUUACAAGGUCAGAGAUGCUCUUGGCAAUCAGCCGCUGCACCGAGCUGCGAUCACGGGACAGGACGAUGGGCUUCGGUUCCUUGUGUCCGAUCUUGGGGUUGAGGUCGACGAAGGGGCCACGAACCUCGGCAUCACUGCCCUGCAUUAUGCCGCAAAGGAAGGGCACGAGGGCACGAUCCGAAGCCUGCUUUCCUUGGGGGCUUCCUUGCACGCGAAGGACAAGAAGCAUCGGACUGCGCUGCACAUGGCUUCCGCAAGGCAACACACACCAUGCGUGCGUUUCCUCCUGCAGGCAGGAUUAAAGGAUUCUCCAGACGAUGCCUGGACGUACGCCAGGCAGCUGGCGAAGAAGACCGACCUUGUCCAACUCUUUGAGGACAACAGACUUUGUGGGAGUGAGCAUUAAACAAAAAAAAACCCCCUCGGCAUAUCUUUCCAACUGUUUCCUGGUAUGACUUGCGAGCAAAAAGCUUUCCGGAGGCUCUUUCCCAAAAUGCUGUGGUAGGGGGGAGGAGUCUGUUAGUCGAUGGGGAAUUCUGGGAGUUGAAGUCCACCCAUCUGAAAGAUUCUAAGGCUGAGAACUUAGCCGGUAGGACAUACUGUGCGGGAAUCCAUGCUUUAUUCAGCCCGCCAUAUUAAUAAAUCCUGCACAGCAUAAGAUUUUGGUCACAAAAGCACGAGGAUGCUGUGAAGGUCGUAAGUGUGAAAAACGGUCCUAAGUUACUUUUAUCAGUGCUGUUGUAAUUUUGAAUAGCCACUAAACAGACUAUUGUAAGUUGAGCACUACCUGUGGCACAAGUGGUAUUCACUUACCUUCUGUACUGGUUUGCAAACGCCCCGUCCAGGCAUGCGCACGGCCUUCUGCACAUGUGCCUUGUUGUAGUUCGCCAGCAGCCCAUGGAGCUGGCAACGGAGUCGGACAGUGAGGAGGCUGGGGAGGACAAUGGGCCAGUCCGGGAGUCUGGGGAAGGCUCUGCGUCAGAGGCAGAGAUGAGGCCAGGGCCAUCGGGGAGUGAUGCGUGGACUCCAGAGCCUCCAGAGGUGGACAGCAGAGAGGCAGAGGAACAGGAGGAGCCUGUUCCUAGUGGACGCAUGAGAAGAGCUGCCAGAAGGCAAGAGCAGCUAAAGCAAAGAGGACGACUCAGGAGUAAGGCCAGGAGAUGAUUGGCCCCUCCCAUAAGGCUUAAAAGAGCAGUAAUGGCUCUUGGGCUCUUUGUAGGAAAGCAACGUUGCUACAUUUGUUUCUUGUCAGCUUCUCUUGCUUUUGAACUUCGUGGGGCUUUGCCAAGAAAAGCCUUUGGCAGGGUGCCAAAGAAGACAAAGGUUGCUGAUAAAGCCGAAGGAUUGUUUCUGAAGAACUUGUUUUGGAAUUAAUUUGGGCUAAGCUGAGAAUGAAGUAAUUCUCAGAUGUUCUAAUAAAAUAUGUUUGUGUAG